AUGAAUAAUGGCACGAUGAAAGAUGGGCCCCGGGAGCCUACUAUCCCGGUGAUUAUGUUCAUAUUAGGAGUGGUGGGGAAUGUCAUCGCCAUCGUGGUGCUCCGAAAGUCUCGGAAAGAACAGAAGGAGACCACCUUCUACACGCUGGUGUGUGGGCUUGCGGUGACCGACCUUUUGGGCACGCUGCUGGCCAGCCCCGUCACAAUCGCCACCCGUGUGCAAGGGAAGUGGCCGGGAGGAGAGUCACUGUGUCAGUACUCCGGCUUCAUCCUUCUCUUCUUCUUUCUGGUCGGCCUCAGCAUCAUCUGUGCCAUGUCCAUAGAGAGAUACCUGGCUAUAAAUCAUGCAUAUUUCUACAACCAUUACGUGGACCAAAGACUUGCUGCGUUGACGCUUGCGGGAAUCUACAUCUCCAACGUGCUGUUCUGCGCGCUGCCUGCCAUGGGACUCGGUAAGGUGAAAAAGCAGUUCCCAGAGACCUGGUGCUUCAUCGACUGGCGGACUAACGACUCCACGCACGCCACCUUCUCCUACAUGUAUGCCGGGGUGAGCUCUUUCCUCAUCCUCACCACGGUCAUAUGCAACGUGCUGGUGUGCGGGGCGCUGAUUAUGAUGCACAAGCGGUUCAUCCGCAGGACAUCGCUGGGUACGGACCAGGGAGGUCGCAUAGCGGUCCUCAGGCGCAGACGGAGCUUCCAACGCAUGGCCGGCGCAGAGAUCCAGAUGGUCAUUCUGCUCAUCGCUACCUCCGUGGUGGUUCUCAUCUGCUCCAUACCUUUAGUGGUAAGUGAUUUGACGCCUUGCCGAAUAAUGAUUGCAAUAGUUUGAUUGAUUUGAAGUUGCGCAACAUUUUGGUCUCACGUUUGUAUCUCUCGUUGUGUGUGCGCACUGUGCAGGAAUGGAUAACCUGGUACCGUCCAAUUAAAAGGCACGACAAAAGUAUGGGUUGUCUCGACCCUAAUCAAUGCAAACAUUAAUGCCAAGCACAGUGCGUUCUGGUUGGUGUGGUGUCAUUAUUUGUUGUAACACCUUUAUGCAUCAGCAUACGCAUUCAUAAUUGGAGGGAACAUGCCCAAAAUGAGAUCCUAAAUGCACUCCUAAUCGAAUAAAGGAAUUUGAUAGGCUUAAUGUUAAUUAUUGUGUUAUUAAAAUGUUAUUACUGUUAUUGUUCAGCCGGUUGUCUGCUGAGGUGUUGUUAGGCCUACUGAGACUAUUAACUAUAAUGUCAACUUCUGGCACUCUUGCGUUAAGAAACACUUCCUUAUUUUUAGAAAAAUAAGAACAAAUAAAUAUAAUUGAUCUAUUAAUCUACCUUUUCCAUUUCCAGUUUAGUCAUUUAGCAGACACUCUUAUCCAGAGUGACUUACAGUUAGUGCAUUCAGAUAGCUAGGUGAGACAACCAAAUAUCACAGCAGUAAAUUUUUUCUCAAUAAAGAAGUUAUCAGCAAAGUCAGCGCUUUUUUAGAUGGGCAGGGACUCUGCCUCAGGGGGAAGAUCGUUCCACAAUUAGAUUUUAUGUUGUUGCUUUUAUCUUUAGAUGCCAGUCACCAAAAAUAUAAGGACUAACUAUAAGAAAACAUUAAAGAGAACCCCUUGGGUUAAUAAGAUCUAAUUUUAGAGAAUAGAUAACAGGUAGGCUAUGCAAAUCCUUCAGCCCUCUAUGGGCUGAUUUAGCACAAAGAUAAGGAAGACAGGCUAAUACAUGCUUUCUGUGUGUGUGUGCGUGCGCAUGUGUGCACAGGGGUGUGUAUAUGUGCAGUGUGUGCAUAACCACACCUCUAACCACCUUGAGAAAUGCAAAUGAGGCAAAAAAGUAUACCUGUUGCCCCAUCUGGGCGUAAGUCCUUUUAUGUGGGAAGGGCGUAAGGCAGUGGUGAUAUUCAAACUUUUUUACUGGGGACCCCAUUUUUUUGGGGCCAGAAUUUCUGGGGACCCCACCCCAAAUCAAAUGACAGAACCCACUGGGUAUAUGGUUGAAUCAACAUUGUUUCCACAAAUUACGUUGAACCAAUGUGGAAUAGACAUUGAAUUGACUUCUGUGCGAAGUGGGAACCUUAAUAACCUUCAAUUCAUUGCAUUUUCAUCACUCUUAUCAAAAUUAAGACAACCAAUAAAUACAUUUGCUCAAUAACAUUUUCUUUUUUUUUUCCAAUUACCUUUCUUAAAAAUGUUUUUAUGUUGUCCCAUACAAUCUGUUCUCGUAAUUCUUGGUUCCCAAAAAUGUGGCAGUGCAGUUCCCCGGCUUUGAAUACCACUGCAGGGUGUUAAAUUGGAACUAUCUUCAUCAUGAUACUCAUAGAAAAUAAUAGUACAUAGAGAUUUCGUUUAAAAAAAAAUCUGACAUUGAUUUAUUUAUCAAGAUGAGUCCCCAUGUUGGUCUCAAAGCAACACGAUGGCACUGUCCUAAUGAAAACGGUGCUGAAAUUAUCAUCUAGUUGACCACACACACCUAUAUUGCUUUACAUUUAUUAUAAUGGUUGGAUGACUUGCAACAGGUGUAAAUUGUGAUCACAAAGUCAGACAUAGCUACGACCAACCUUAAGAUCAACUCUUUUUACCAACAAGCUCUCUCAGUCUCACUACAGAAUUAGAUAUUCAUCCACGUUCUCCAAACGUCAAAUGUAGAAGUGUUUUUGUUGGUCCUGCUGCUCUGUGUUGUUCAAUUUCUCCAAACGUCACAUUUCAAACCUCUUAAAUGUAACCAAAUGUAAUCGAAAAUGUAAUCUAGGUCAUCCCCAAAAGUAAUUAUUUAUCAUGAGAGGGCCAUAAACAAUAACUAGUAAUGCUGCAUACUCCAAGAAAGGUUUAAAUCUAAUCUUUCUGGUAAAAAAGUUAUAAAUUGCAGUACAAAUAUGAUAAAUAUGAAAUAUUUUAUAUGAUGUAUUUCCUAUUCAACAAAACUGUAAGAAUAAGGCUUGAAAUUACUUAUAUUUUUUAUAAAUAUAGUAUAAUCAAUUUGUAAAGCAACUAACUAUAAGAUUUAACCUUCCUUAUACAGUAACUGUAAAAUACAUAUUUGUAUAUUUAGUGUUAAGAGAAAAUGUGCAUAUUUUCUAAAGGUCUCUCUUGAUCAAAAUAUCUGCCCCAUCGCUGUGAACGUUUCACAGAGUUCUAGCUUGGCUUCCUGAACUCGUUAGGAACUCACCUUUCAUUUCAUAUUAAUAUUGUCUGUCUAUAACAAACGGAACGUGUUUUUUGUUUAAAAUCUAUCAAUUAUUUUAGAUUACUGGCUAUAAAUUGAUAUCUGAAUGUGCUACAGUGACGAAACCACUCUCUCCUGCAGCGUUACAAUGUAAGGAUUCCAGGCAUAUGCAUUGUUAGUGGCUGUGAUGUAGGGUUCAGCCAGGAGUUGAUGGACAGUUGGAAGAGCAAAUUAAAUGGUAGGAGGGACAUCCCAGUGGUGUCAGAUUUCACAUCCUGCUUUACACAUGCAGAAGAGACAUACUUCUGUGUCCAUGAGAAUCAGGGCUACCACUCAAUGCAAGCCAUUUCGAUCUACGGUGUCCACAUAUUGAUUUAAACACAAAAAAAAAUCGUACCAGAACCACGCAGGUCCCCCAAACAGGGGACAUUACAUCUGUUUCCCACAGACAUUGCGCAUUGCGACAUGGUACUUGAAGGAGAAACGUAGUUGAAUAAUUGGGUACACUGUUUAGAUUGAGCACAUCUAAGCAAAAUCUAUACUUAGUCAUGACGAUAUAAACGGAUGGAUGUGUUCUAGACAGGCAGACCACUUAGAAGUUAAAUCAUGGGGAACAUUUUUAUUUUACCUACACAGCCUUUCACCAAAUUGACAGGAGUUUCAUGAUUUUUUUUUCUGGGUGUGGAUUAUCCCUUUAAGCCUUCUUGAAUGUAAUAGCGCUCACUGUUGCCCCUAGUGGCCAGUUUUGAAGGCAUUUCACGACAUUCUCAGGACAUGGAUAGACGUCCAAUUUCGACAUCAAUCUUGAACGAUCUCCCUGAUUUUGAAGUCCAACUGGUUCAACCGGCCCCAGAUGUCAUCAGUGGAGCCUUCUGUCUGUGUAUACUUGUUAUACAAGGCUUACAGAUAUGGAUUUUAUGAUUUAAAAGCUCUCCCAUGGUGACAAUAUCAACUGGACAUGCAGACAUAGUAAGAGCGAAAACUAGUUAUGUCCAUCCACUUGUGUCUUAUGGGACCUGUCUGUCUGCUGCUCGGCCAGUGCCAAACAUUUCCACUGAGCUCUGUCCUCUGUACAGAGUCCUAUAAGCCAUCCUCUCCCCAUGCACUGCAUGACAGUUACAAGAGGAUACUGUAAGGACAGUGACUAGAGACAGUACAUCCUGCAAGCUCAAAAACAAUCCACAGAGAAAAUGAAAAAAAUUAACUGCAAGGCACUGAAAGGAUCAAUGAUAUAUUGUGUUCUAUAAACCGUCCCCAUGCCACAUUUGAGAGUUAGUUACAUGUAAGGACAUACCCACUAGAGACAGUACAUUUCAUAUGGCAAGCUUCAAAAACACCAGGGGAAACAACUGAAAAGAUGAACAGAGGUCUUAAGGUCUGAACAAGACCCUGUAGUCUAUAAUGAGAUAUGGAGUUCUAUCUGCCAUCCCAAUGCUCUGACUGAGAGCUAAGGACAGAUCCACUAGACAAUUCAUCCUGCAAGCUUCAAAAAUAUGAACUGAAAGGCAGAAAUGAACAUUUGAAGAAGACUGUAGUUCUAUAAUCAGUGUCCCAGAGUUCUCUUUCCUAUUGUAUUUACCGUGAACAACCCCAGGGAGUCACCCAUAUAAUCUUAUUUUAUCGUAUAGUCAUAACUAACCCUGUGCCUGACAGUUAUUUCACUUCACUUACAUUGACAUUGUCUGAGAUAGGUUGUUGAUUGGACCUUUGGGAGAGCCAAUAGCCAGAGACGUUCAUAUGAUUGAUGAUUAACUUGGGGGUGGGGUUGUGUUUUCAUUGGCUCUCUGCCCAGGCUUCUAUGCCACUGUCUGCUGGGCAGAUACUAGUGCUGCUAGCUACAAUGCGCUCUACUGCCCAUCAUAUGCCAACUUAACAACGACAUACCCAAAUAGGUUAGAAGCUUUGCUUUCAUAGCAACCAUGAUAGUUUGUUAUGUACGCAUGUAUAUAUUUUUCUUGUGCAACAAUAACAUGACAAGCAACUGCAGUGAAGGAAACAAGUAUUUGAUCCCCUGCUGAUUUUGUACGUUUGCCCACUGACAAAGAAAUGAUCAGUCUAUAAUUUUAAUGGUAGGUUUAUUUGAACAGUGAGAGACAAAAUAACAACAAAAAAAUCCAGAAAAGCGCAUGUGAAAAAUGUUAUAAAUUGAUUUGCAUUUUAAUGAGGGAAAUAAGUAUUUGACCCCCUCUCAAUCAGAAAGAUUUCUGGCUCCCAGGUGUCUUUUAUACAGGUAAUGAGCUGAGAUUAGGAGCACACUCUUAAAGGGAGUGCUCCUAAUCUCAGUUUGUUACCUGUAUAAAAGACACCUGUCCACAGAAGCAAUCAAUCAAUCAGAUUCCAAACUCUCCACCAUGGCCAAGACCAAAGAGCUCUCAAAGGAUGUCAGGGACAAGAUUGUAGACCUACACAAGGCUGGAAUGGGCUACAAGUGAGAAGGUGACAACAGUUGGUGUGAUAAUUCGCAAAUGGAAGAAACACAAAAUAACUGUCAAUCUCCCUCGGCCUGGGGCUCCAUGCAAGAUCUCACCUCGUGGAGUUGCAAUGAUCAUGAGAACGGUGAGGAAUCAGCCCAGAACUACACGGGAGGAUCUUGUCAAUGACCUCAAGGCAGCUGGGACCAUAGUCACCAAGAAAACAAUUGGUAACACACUACGCCGUGAAGGACUGAAAUCCUGCAGCGCCCGCAAGGUCCCCCUGCUCAAGAAAGCACAUAUACAUGCCCGUCUGAAGUUUGCCAAUGAACAUCUGAAUGAUUCAGAGGAGAACUGGGUGAAAGUGUUGUGGUUAGAUGAGACCAAAAUGGAGCUCUUUGGCAUCAACUCAACUCGCCGUGUUUGGAGGAGGAGGAAUGCUGCCUAUGACCCCAAGAACACCAUCCCCACCGUUAAACAUGGAGGUGGAAACAUUAUGCUUUGGGGGUGUUUUUCUGCUAAGGGGACAGAACAACUUCACCGCAUCAAAGGGACGAUGGACGGGGCCAUGUACCGUCAAAUCUUGGGUGAGAACCUCCUUCCCUCAGCCAGGGCAUUGAAAAUGGGUCGUGGAUGGGUAUUCCAGCAUGACAAUGACCCAAAAUACACGGCCAAGGCAACAAAGGAGUGGCUCAAGAAGAAGCACAUUAAGGUCCUGGAGUGGCCUAGCCAGUCUCCAGACCUUAAUCCCAUAGAAAAUCUGUGGAGGGAGCUGAAGGUUCGAGUUGCCAAACGUCAGCCUCGAAACCUUAAUGACUUGGAGAAGAUCUGCAAAGAGGAGUGGGACAAAAUCCCUCCUGAGAUGUGUGCAAACCUGGUGGCCAACUACAAGAAACGUCUGACCUCUGUGAUUGCCAACAAGGGUUUUGCCACCAAGUACUAAGUCAUGUUUUGCAGAGGGGUCAAAUACUUAUUUCCCUCAUUAAAAUGCAAAUCAAUUUAUAACAUUUUUCACAUGCGCUUUUCUGGAUUUUUUUGUUGUUAUUUUGUCUCUCACUGUUCAAAUAAACCUACCAUUAAAAUUAUAGACUGAUCAUUUCUUUGUCUGUGGGCAAACGUACAAAAUCAGCAGGGGAUCAAAUAAAUGUUUCCCUCACUGUAGGUUUAGGUUAAUGAUAUUCACGGGUACAGAUAUAAGCAGGCUGGAAAGCUACUUCAAUAGGAUUCAAUUAGGAUAGUUCAACAGGAUUCAAUAUGGGAAUCCUAUUGAACACACCUACUGAAGCUUCAAAGGUACACCAUCCUCAUAAAUACACUGAAUAACCAAUAACCCUCCAACCCUGUCCCUCUCCCUUCCUUCUUCCCUCAGCUGCGGGUGUUUGUGAACCAGCUGUCCAUGGUUGCGUUCGACGCCCAUUCAACUCCCCUAGAGAAGAACCCAGAUCUCCACGCCAUCCGCAUUGCCUCCAUCAACCCCAUCCUGGAUCCCUGGAUAUACAUCCUGCUGAGGAAGACUGUCCUGCUGAAGCUGGUGGAGAAGAUCAAGUGUCUGUUCUGCCGCAUGGGCGGCCGGGGGCGGGGCUCAGGGGUCAGGGGUCAAUUCCGCUGCGGAGGUGAAGGUAAUCCGAAUUCGUCCAUCGUGUCCCGGGAUUCGCCGUCGCUGGUGUCACGCGAGCUGAGGGAGGUCAUCAGUACUUCACAGACAUUUCUUUACCUGCCGGAGGGGACCGGGGGGGGGGCUAGAGGGACAGGGGGAGAGGGAAGACCCAGCCCCCCGGCUGUGGAGCGCUCCCUGCUACAGGACCAACAGACACCAGGGGGGAAGGGGAUGCAAAAGGAUUCCAAAAAGGGCACUUUAGGUCCCAGUAUAUCAAUGAGGACAGAUGGGACAGUUGACCCUUCACCUCUGAACAGGGUGCCAUCGGACAGAAAAGACAAGACUCUACAUGUGACGUUUACAGACGAGACACUGAACUUACAGGAGAAAUGCAUCUGA